AUCGGGUUUGGCCUUGGGUUCCGCCGUAGGGGAUGUCCCGUGCGAGAGAAUGAGGAGAUCCUGGGGCCUUACGUACUAGCGGAAUUGGGUGAAGAGACGCCUGCCAGUGCGGGAGGAGCAGCAGCAGAAGAAGACACAGCGCCGGUCCGGGAAGUGGCUCGAGCUGUUCGUAAAGUCGCCCGACAGCUUUUUCUCCGUAGUAUGCGAGUUGACAAAACAGCCAGAGAACAGGGCUCCCCAUUACAAUCUUUUCGAGCUCUUUUCCCUUGCUAACCAGAUCUGAUUUGUGCGAAAACAUGCCUCGCACUUGUACCUGGAGGAACUGGAGACAGUGGAUUCGACCUUUAGCAGCGGUCAUCUACCUGGUGUCAAUAGUGGUUGCGGUUCCCCUAUGCGUGUGGGAAUUAUAGAAACUGGAGGUUGGAAUACACACCAAGGCUUGGUUUAUUGCUGGAAUCUUUUUGCUGUUGACUAUGCCUAUAUCACUGUGGGCGAUACUGCAACACUUAGUGCAUUAUACACAACCUGAACUACAAAAACCAAUAAUGAGGAUUCUUUGGAUGGUACCCAUUUACAGUUUAGAUAGUUGGGUAGCUUUGAAAUAUCCCGGAAUUGCAAUAUAUGUGGAUACCUGCAGAGAAUGCUAUGAAGCUUAUGUAAUUUACAACUUUAUGGGAUUCCUUACCAAUUAUCUAACUAACCGGUAUCCAGAUCUGGUAUUAAUCCUCGAAGCCAAAGAUCAGAAGAAACAUUUCCCUCCUUUAUGUUGCUGUCCACCACGGGCUAUGGGAGAAGUAUUGCUGUUUAGGUGCAAACUAGGUGUAUUACAGUACACAGUUGUCAGACCUUUCACCACCAUCAUUGCUUUAAUCUGUGAGCUGCUUGGUAUAUAUGACGAAGGGAACUUUAGCUUUUCAAAUGCUUGGACUUAUUUGGUUAUAAUAAACAACGUGUCACAGGUGUUUGCCACAUAUUGUCUCCUGCUCUUUCAUAAAGUACCAAAAGAAGAACUGAGCCCACCUGUUGGCAAAUUUCUUUGUGUAACGCUGGUGGCUUUUGUUUCUUUUUGGCAAGCAGUAGUUAUUGCUUUGUUGGUAAAAGUUGGCGUUAUUUCUGAAAAGCAUACGUGGGAAUGGCAAACUGUAGAAGCUGUGGCCACCGGACUCCAGGAUUUUGUUAUCUGUAAUGAGACGUUCCUCCCUGCCAUUGCUCAUCAUUACGCAUUCUCAUAUAAACCAUAUGUCCAAGAAGCAGAAGAGGGCUCAUGCUUUGAUUCCUUUCUUGCCAUGUGGGAUGUCUCAGAUAUUAGAGAUGAUAUUUCUGAACAAGUAAGGCAUGUUGGACGGACAGUCAGGGGACAUCCCAGGAAAAAAUUGUUUCCCGAGGAUCAAGAUCAAAAUGAACAUACAAGCUUAUUAUCAUCAUCAUCACAAGAUGCAAUUUCCAUUGCUUCUUCUAUGCCACCUUCACCCAUGGGUCACUACCAAGGGUUUGGACACACUGUGACUCCCCAGACUACACCUACCACAGCUAAGAUAUCUGAUGAAAUACUUAGUGAUACUAUAGGAGAGAAAAAAGAACCUUCAGAUAAAUCCGUGGAUUCCUGAACAGUAUGGAAAAGCAAACUGUGCAACUACUACAUUAUAUCAUUACCUGGUAUCCCAUGGAUUUUGUGCUUGGGACAGACCAUAAAUGAUGGAAAAUGUCAACACAAAGAUAGCUGAAAGCCAGGUACAACUACUGAAUUUAUAUAUGUAAGUUUUGUAUAUCAAAAAUAAUUGGUCUAAGUUUCCUAGACUUAGACUUGAUUUCUUAACAUUAGGGUAUCACAUACUCAAAUGGUAGGCAAUGACCCCAACUAAAUCUUCCUGAUGUUACACUGCUUUAUCAAGAGGAUGGACUUUUUUUUUUUUUGAGAUGGAGUCUUGCUCUGUCACCCAGGCUGG